AUGGCACAGAGGACAAUGUCACUGCUGCUAUUGCUGUUGGUAGUGCAUGGCGAGUUUAUCUCUGUCCCAGCGAAGGUCUGCAGACUACUAAGCCAGCCUGCCCUCCCAAUACUUUCUGCCGAAAGAGACAUCAACAUUGGGGCAAUUUUCUCACUCCACACAAGUGCUGUGCUAAAGAUGCAUCCUUUCACUUCCAAACCAGAGCCAUCAACGUGCGUCAGCUUCAGUUUGCGUGAGUUUAAAUUUGCUCAGACACUGAUUUUUGCCAUUGAGGAGAUUAAUAACAGCACACAACUGUUGUCUGAUAUUUCUUUGGGCUAUAAGAUAUAUGAUGCCUGUAAUACUGUAGCCCAGGCUAUCCUCUCAGGCAUGGCUUUGAUGAAUGGUAAUGACGAGACUUUGAGUAAUGAGUCCUGCUUUAGACCACCAACUGUUCUUGCCAUUGUUGGAGAAUCAAACUCCUCUCCCACCAUGGGCCUGGCCUCUGUAGUAGGCCCAUUCAGCAUCCCUCUUAUCAGUCAUUUUGCCACAUGUGCAUGUCUGAGUGACAAAAAAAGAUAUCCAUCCUUCUUCAGAACAAUACCCAGUGAUUAUUACCAAAGUAGAGCACUGGCUCAACUAGUCAAGCACUUUGGCUGGACCUGGGUUGGGACAGUCAGGAGUCGUAAUGACUAUGGUAACAAUGGCAUUGCUGCAUUUGGAACAGCAGCUCAACAAGAGGGGAUUUGUAUUGAAUACUCAGAGGCCAUAUUAAGAACCGAUCCACAAUCACAGCUCCUGAAGACAGUGGAAGUGAUAAAGAAGGCCACCUCCAGGGUGGUUCUGGCCUUUAUGUCAUUGGGAGAUAUUUUCCCCCUUAUGAAAGUAAUUGCACAACAGAACAUCACAGGGCUGCAGUGGGUUGGCAGUGAAUCCUGGAUCACUUCUCGAAUUCUUGCAGAAACAAAGGAAUAUAGAUUUCUCACCGGAGCUGUGGGCUUUGCUGUAGCGAAUGCAAAACUUGAUGGCCUGCGAGAGUUUCUAGUGAAUAUACACCCUGAUCAACAACCAAAGAAUGAACUUUUAAAAGAAUUCUGGGAAACAGCAUUUCAGUGCUCUUUCAGAAACAGCAGGAGUGGUAAAGUUGGCUGUACUGGCUCAGAAAGCUUGGCAGAGCUGCAAAUUGAAUAUACUGAUGCAUCAGAGCUGCGAAUAGCAAGUAAAGUGUACACGGCAGUAUAUGCUAUCGCACAUACACUACAUAACAUAUUGAAAGACUUAAAAUCCUCCACCAACAGAAGCAAAGGAGAGUGGGCUACACCACAAAAGGUGCUGGAGUAUAUGAGAGAUGUCAACUUCUCUGCCAAAACAGGUGAGAAAAUAUUCUUUGAUGCAAGUGGUGAUCCAAUGGCAAGAUAUGACCUGGUGAACUGGCAGCCUGCUGAGAAUGGAGGUCUGCAGUUUAAGCAUGUUGGCAUUUAUGACAGCUCACUGCCUUCAAAGCAAUGCCUUCAAGUUGAUCAGGAACACAUUGUAUGGGCAGGGAACAGUGGACAGUUGCCUGUGUCCGUGUGCAGUGACAGCUGCCUUCCUGGCACUAGGAAGGCUAUUCAGAAAGGAAGGCCUGUCUGCUGUUAUGACUGUAUUCCAUGUGCAGAGGGAGAAAUCAGUAAUGAGACAGAUUCUAGUGACUGCUUUCCUUGUGAUUUGGAGUAUUGGUCAAAUGAAAGCAAAGACCGUUGUGUGUUAAAAGUGGUUGAAUUUCUUUCCUAUACAGAAAUCAUGGGGACAGUGCUUUCUAUUUUUUCAUCCAUUGGGGCAUUAUUAACGACUAUGAUAUAUUUUGUGUUUUAUCUUCAUAAAGAAACACCUGUUGUCAGAGCCAACAACUCAGAGCUGAGCUUCCUGCUGCUCUUCUCACUGGCACUGUGUUUUCUCUGUUCACUUACUUUCAUUGGUCGGCCCACUGAGUGGUCCUGUAUGUUGCGUCACACAGCAUUUGGGAUCACUUUUGUCCUCUGUGUCUCCUGUGUUCUGGGAAAAACAAUAGUGGUGUUAAUGGCCUUCAAGACUACACUUCCAGGAAACAAUGUCAUGAAAUGGUUUGGGCCCUUGCAACAAAGACUAUGCAUUGUUUCCUUAACUUCAAUACAGGUGAUUAUCUGUGUGCUUUGGUUAACGAUAUCCCCUCCAUUCCCAUAUAUGAACUUGAAGCAUUACAGAGAAAAGAUCAUUUUAGAAUGCAGUUUAGGCUCAGCUAUUGGUUUCUGUGCUGUGUUGGGUUAUAUUGGUCUUCUAGCUUUCCUUUGCUUUGUUUUAGCUUUUCUAGCUCGGAAGCUUCCUGAUAACUUCAAUGAAGCCAAGUUCAUCACAUUUAGUAUGCUCAUAUUCUGUGCUGUUUGGAUUACAUUUAUCCCAGCAUAUGUCAGUACCCCUGGAAAAUUCACUGUAGCUGUGGAGAUAUUUGCUAUUUUAGCUUCAAGCUUUGGUUUACUAUUUUGCAUAUUCGCUCCAAAAUGUUACAUAAUUUUGCUAAAACCAGAUAAAAACACAAGGAAACAAAUGAUGGGGAAAUCUGCAUCCAAAACUCUUUAA